GGAGCCGGGCAGUUCGCUACACUACUGACACGCAAACACACAGUCAGUAGUAGACAGACCUGCUCUGGUGGUGCUCGGGGGGACACAAUGUGGCUUCGAGAGGAGCUUUUAAAAUCUAUAUGGCACGCAUUCACAGCCCUGGACGUAGACCAGCGUGGAAAAGUUUCCAAAUCUCAGUUAAAGGUGCUGUCUCACAACCUGUGCACACUGAUGAAGAUCCCUCAUGACCCUGUUGCCCUUGAAGAGCAUUUUAAAAAUGAUGAUCAAGGGCUUCUCUCCAACCAAGGCUACAUGCCUUACCUCAACAGGUUUAUUCUUGACAAGGUACGGGAGGAUUUUGAUGUAGUGGAGUUCAACAAGAUGUGUUGGACACUAUGUUACAAGAAAAAUAUCUGCAUUAAAAAUCUUCUCAUCUCCGAAGACAAUGCAUUUAAAAUCUGGUGCAUUUUCAACUUUCUGUCAGAAGACAAAUACCCACUAGUCAUCGUGACUGAAGAGAUUGAGUACUUUCUGCGAAAGCUGAUUGAGGCCGUGGGCAGUGGAUGGAGUGAAGAGAUGUUUACAGAUUACAAGCUGCAGCUGAAUACAAAAAGGAACUGCCUGACUGCCUGGGAGCUGAUUGAACUAGUGGGGAUGGGCUACUUCAGCAAGGGCAUCAAUCGCCAGACCCUCUCCUUGGGCAUCAGCGAGGUCUUCCAGGAGCUCAUUCUGGACGUGCUCAAGCAGGGAUACAUGAUGAAAAAGGGCCAUAAAAGGAAGAACUGGACUGAGCGCUGGUUUGUCCUUCAGCCUAACUCACUGUCAUACUAUGUUUGUGAGGAUCUUGUGGAGAAGAGAGGAGACAUCAUUCUGGACCCAAACUGCUGUGUGGAGUCUCUGCCAGACAGAGAUGGGAAGAAAUGCCUGUUUAUUAUCAAGUGCACUGAUAAAAAAAAAUGGAUUCAAGCAAUUCAAACAAGUAUCCAGCUGCUCAGGUUGGGGCUGCUGCCUCCCCACCGUGAGGCCCGGCUGAGGCGCAGGGAGCUCCGGCAGCGGCAGGAUGAGCAGAUGGAGGAGGUGGACCUGAUGGAGAAGAUGAAGCAGCUCCAGGUGGCCAAUGACAACAAACAGAGACAACUGGAAGCCAUGAGGGAGAAAAUGGAAGAGGUUGCAGCUAAAGCAGCAGUAGAGGAGCACAGGAGGAGGAAGACCCAGUUGGACCUACAGGAUCGCUACAGACUGGACCUGGAGAGGGAGAAAAUGGUGCGUCAGCAGAUGGAGGAGCAGGUGGCUCAGAAGUCCAGUGAACUGGAGCAGUACCUGCAGCGUAUGCGGGAGCUGGAGGACAUGUACCACCGACUGGAGGAGGCCUUAGAGGAUGAGAGGCAGGCCAAGCAGGAUGAGGAGGCAAUGCGAAAACUGCAGGCCAGGCUGCUGGAGGAAGAGUCAGCAAAGAGGGCAGAGUUAGAGCUGAUCCACCUGCAGCAGCAGAGGGCGCUCUCUCAGACUGAGACAGAGAAACAGGAGCUAGUGGCUGAACAGCUGGCCAAGGAGAGAGACCUACAGGCAGCCAUGCUGCAGCUGGAGAGGCUGGAGAGGGAGCGGCAGGGAGCGCUGGAGCAUUAUGAGGAGGUGUCGAGGAAGCUUGAACGAGCAGCAAAUAAGACAAAGACCUGGAAAGACAAGGUGGCCAAACAUGAGGGACUGGUGCGUUUAAUCCAGCCAGGUCAUAAAGGACCACAGAGGAUCACUAACUGGGGUCCUGCAUCGUUCACUGACGCUGAGCUGGAGAUAAGGAAGAAGUCAUGGCAGGAGAGUAGGAACCAGGGGGCUCAGGCCCAGUGAACACGCACCACGACAGAUGAUCACAUGCUGACUGUAGUAAACUGUGUAAACUGUCACUGUCCAGGUCUGAAGAAGUUUCAUAACGUGAAUGUACUGAGCCACAUGGUAGCUGCAAAAACAAAACAAAGAACAGUUUUACUCAUUGAUUGGGCUGCUUUUAUAUGUUUAGCUUGGAUAAACUGCUUUUCUUCACAUUCUCCUAUAACAAAAAACACACCUUGUUCGCUCAGCUGAAUUUUUUUCUUAAUAGUUUUAGUCUAUCCUUUCUAAUUUUAUGCGCUUUAAUUAGACUUUUUUGAUGUUUAGGUGAGGGGUAGACCAGUGUGUGUCACUAUAUCAUGGCACUUCUCCAGUACACCAUGAUUGAUUCACCAAACGUUUCCGGCUAUCUUCAUCAGGAUGUAUCUGAGGCCUUUUAUGGUUUCCUUGUAUACAAUACACUGAUCAACCAUUUGACUCCUCAUGCUUUUCUUUUGAUAUAAUAUCACUGCCGUUAGUUGACACAAGUUACAAUAAAAACAUUCUACGAGUAAGACGGCUGAAAACGUUAAGCUAACCUUGGUGUGUUUGUGUUUUGAGGUUAACUUGUUGUAAUGCCUUUUAGUGACAUCCAGCAAAGUAAACAAACAGUAGAUACAUUUUCCACUCUAGCUCAUUUUAUUAGCUAAAGAGGAGUGAAUUUCAUCUGUUCAACUAAGAAGAUUAAAAAAAAAAUUUUUUUAUGCAAGUCUGGCUAUUUUCAUUUAAGAUGUCUUUACAAUGCACAGACAGCUAAAUGUGUCUCUGGAGGAUGCAACAAGCUUCAAUUUUUUUAAUUUUUAGUUUGCUAGGGAUUUAACCUUGGUGUUGUAGUUCCUUUGCCUCCCGUUAUGUUGAACCAUGUCCACCAGGUGUCCCUGUAUGAGCAGGAGUCUCACUUUGUUAUAAGCCGAGCAGGAGUGGGAGCCUCGGUGCUGGAGCUACAGGCUCAUGUGGCAGCCUGUCUUCGUUUGUCUAACUGUGAGGAAACACUACAUGGACAACAUUACUUGGAUGUUUUAGGGGCCUCAGUGUGUCUCCACCACUGGGUCCCGAUGGUGGCUUCAGCUUGUGACCUGAGCACCAGAUGUCUUGAUAGGAGCUGUGGUGUCCAGAUGUUGCCUGGUCCUUGUAGUUUGCACUCUUAAAGGUUAAGCCUGGUGUUAUUCUAGCAUUUUGUUAUUGUCAACACAUUCCAUGAAAAGACCAAAACCAACAACGUGUCAGUCUAUCUCUAAACACAUCUGAACUCCCUGCCCUGUCGGCGGCACUCAACCCCAAACCUGCCUGUUCCUACUGAGGAUGUAAACCUACACUGUAAAACAUGAUACAGGAAUUUAGUGGAAUUAAAUUAGCUUUUUUGUUAACGCAAUGUAGACAUGCAAGUUUAGUUCAUUGAAAGGUAAUUCAUCUUAGAAUACCAGUUUCAUUUUAGAACUUAUGAACAUGACUUGUUCUGGCGAGAAGUUGACUUGAAGUGAUGAAUUCAAUGAAUAAACUGCUGAGACUUAACUCACUACAUGAACUUUCAAAGAGACAAAACUAGCGGAUUUCCCAGCAUGCAUUGUUUGAGAGUUAAAAAAAUCUCCAGAGACUCUGGAGACUGGAAACUGUUUGUAAUGCAUAUUAAAUGAAUUCAUGCUUGUUUCUUAUCAUAAUAAUGAAAACAAUGUGAGCUGUGAUGGUUAGUAUUAUUACUCUCGUACACUUUGAAUUUACCAAAGCAGCCUCAGGUGUUUGUACUGACUCAGAUACAAAAUAUUUCAGCAACUGUAAAUUCUUCCUAUCAAUCGAUGAACUGACUCUUUACACUGAGAAAUCUGAAAGGAAAACAAAUCUGUGUGAAAUGACUCCAUGUGACUAAACAUCUGAAUCAACUUAAUAUCUACUGUUUAAACAUGAUUUACAGUCUUAAAAUAGGUCACUUGUGUA